AUGGCGGCGACCUCGCCAGCGCCGAUGAGGGCCGUCGCCGCCGCGUUUACCCCGCCUCCGUUAUCUCAGAGGAUCACCCGUAUCUCUACCGUGUCUGCCGUCCACCUUCACCAAUGCCGCGCAGCUCACCGGUGGCGCCCUGCACAGUGCCGCGGGAAGCCGGCCGUCAGUGGCGUGGCCGAGGACGACGAGGAGGACACUUCGCGGGAGGCUUUAAAUCUUGAGGAAAAAGAGGAGGAGUCCGCGGGCGCGGGGAGCUGGGGGCUGGGGUGGUUCAGGCUUGAUGAGGUUGGGAUGGACAUCCUGGGCAUCGCCGUGCCCGCCGUGCUUGCACUCGCCGCCGACCCCGUCACGGCGCUCGUUGACACCGCCUUCGUCGGACAUAUCGGCUCGGUUGAACUUGCUGCCGUUGGUGUAUCCAUAUCUGUUUUCAACCUGGUGUCCAAGCUGUUUAAUGUGCCACUGCUUAAUGUCACCACAUCCUUUGUUGCUGAGCAGCAAGCAGUGGAUGCCAAGUAUAGUGGCGUAGGAGAAAGUAAUUCUCACAUAGGAGAUGGAGUGUCGAGUACCCGAGAGCAGGCUAGUGAAAAAAGGAAGUUUCUCCCUGCGGUGUCAACAUCCUUGGCUUUAGCUGCUGGAAUCGGGUUGAUGGAAAUGGUGGCACUUAUUGUUGGAUCUGGCACACUAAUGGACAUCGUUGGUAUACCUGUCGAUUCACCGAUGCGAGCACCGGCAGAACAGUUUCUUACUUUAAGGGCAUAUGGUGCUCCACCAGUCGUAGUAGCACUUGCAGCACAAGGUGCAUUUCGUGGUUUCAUGGAUACAAAGACACCUUUGUAUGCUGUGGUUGCUGGCAACCUAGUAAAUGCAAUACUGGAUGCCAUAUUUAUCUUCCCACUUGGUCUAGGUGUAAGUGGCGCUGCAUUGGCAACUGUAACUUCUGAGUACUUGGCGGCAUUCAUCCUCCUAUGGAAGCUGAAUAACGAACUAAUCCUGUUCUCAUGGAAUGUCAUUGGCAGUGACAUCAUCCGCUACCUGAAAUCUGGUGCCUUGCUAAUUGCCAGGACCAUCGCAGUAAUCCUUCCAUUAUGGCUGUCGACAUCCCUGGCCGCAAGACAAGGGCCUGUUCCAAUGGCUGGCUAUGAGAUAAGCUUGCAAGUCUGGCUAACAAUUUCUCUACUUAAUGAUGCACUGGCUCUUGCUGGUCAGGCUCUGCUUGCAAGUGAAUAUGCGAAAGGGAACUACAAGCAGGCCCGCUUGGUUUUGUACAGGGUUCUGCAGAUUGGAGGUGUCACUGGUCUUGCACUUGCUGCAACCUUGUUCCUUGGGUUUGGAUAUUUGACCUUGCUGUUUACAGAUGAUCCAGCAGUUCUAGAUGUUGCGCAGUCUGGAGUCUGGUUUGUCACUAUUACUCAGCCGAUAAAUGCUAUUGCUUUUGUGUUUGAUGGGCUCUACUACGGUGUUUCUGACUUCGGCUAUGCCGCAUACUCCACACUUUUCGCGGGGGUCGUCGCCUCAGCCUUCCUCCUUGUCGUUGGUCCCAACUUUGGUCUUGGUGGUGUAUGGGCUGGUCUUACUCUCUUUAUGGGUCUGCGAGCAGUUGCCGGGUUCUGGAGGUUAGGGAGCAAAGGUGGACCAUGGGAAAUAGUCUGGUCAAAGACUGAUUAA